AGGAGCAACUCGCCCCGCCACUCCUGCUCUGGAGUUCAAACUUCGACUAACGGUGGUGGUGUACCCUUAGGUCUCCGGCGAGGAAAAUGGACGUCGAGGAAUGGCGGAAGGAAAGACUUGCGUUGGUUCUCAUCUUCGUUCUUGCUGUCCUCGCCGUUUCGUCACUGCUGAUUGCUUUUAGCUACUACUGCUACAUUCGCUAUAAAGUUUCCAUCCACCGCAAAUCAUUGAUGAAAAGUGAGGAUGAAGAGGUGGGCAAUGCUGCGGUUUGUAACGGCGGCGAAGAGAGAGCGGUGGUAAGCGAGAAGGGUGUGCAGGUGUUUGCAUACAAGCAGCUCUAUACGGCUACGGGUGGAUUCGGUAAGGCCAAUGUCGUCGGUCAUGGAAGCUUUGGUUCGGUAUUCAGGGGCGUUCUUCCUGACGGGAGGAAGAUAGCCGUUAAGCUAAUGGAUCGCCCCGGAAAGCAGGGCGAAGAAGAGUUCAAUAUGGAGGUCGAGCUACUAACUCGUCUCCGAUCUCAUUAUUUACUGGGAUUGAUCGGCUACUGCUCCGAUAGUCACCACAGAUUGCUUGUUUAUGAGUUUAUGACUAAUGGUGGACUCCAGGAGCACUUAUACCCAACUGCAGGUUCCUAUGGUGGUGUUUCAAUGUUAGACUGGGAAACACGAAUGAGAAUAGCGCUUGAAGCUGCAAGAGGACUGGAAUAUCUUCACGAGCAUGUUAGGCCGCCUGUAAUUCAUCGAGAUUUCAAGAGUAGUAACAUCCUCUUGGAUAAGAAUUUUUGUGCCAAAGUUUCUGACUUUGGUUUAGCCAAGUUUGGAUCUGAAAAAGCUGGAGGUCAUGUUUCUACACGAGUUUUAGGGACCCAAGGAUAUGUUGCACCGGAAUAUGCAUUAACUGGACAUUUGACAACAAAAUCAGAUGUGUAUAGCUAUGGAGUUGUGCUCUUGGAGCUGCUUACAGGCAGGAUUCCUGUCGAUAUGAACAGGCCUCCUGGUGAAGGCGUCUUGGUAUCUUGGGCUCUCCCCAGACUUACUGACAGGGAGAAAGUAGUGCUAAUCUUGGAUCCGGCGCUGGAGGGCCAAUAUUCAAUGAAAGAUGCCAUACAAGUUGCAGCCAUCGCAGCAAUGUGCGUACAACCUGAAGCUGAUUACAGGCCUCUAAUGGCGGAUGUUGUGCAGUCAUUAGUCCCACUGGUGAAGCACACUAAGACUGCUACUAGGACCGGAAGCUCUUCUGCCGGCCAAACACCCAAACCAGCUGGAACUCCUGAAAUUGUUAAAUGAUAACACUAUUCACUAAUUAUAUACAUAUAAGAGAGAGAGAGAGAGAGACUCUGCUG